GCGGCGUUGUCUGCGACUACUGGCUACAUGAACACUGUCAUCACAUCCGAGUCCACAGAGCAGUCACUGAAAUUUGUGAAAAGUCGCCGCUCAGAUACAGAAAAGCGAGCAGUUAUCUUAAGAAGGUCACGGUGCAUUUCGAUGCCGCGCUAGCAAUACUCACAAGGAGUCAUGGCCACGGACUUCUGGGCAAGCUCACACUUCAAGAGGUGGAUAUUCGACAGAGCAACGUUCAGGCAGGCCCGUGCAGACGACCUUCGCUAUGUCGACGAUCCAGAACACCUUGACUUUCUUGCCAUCUUCUUCGCUAAUCUGAUAUCCAAGCUCGGCAAGAAGCUGCAGCUCAGACAGCGAGUGAUUGCGACCGCUACUGUGUUCUUCCGCCGCUUCUACAUCAAGAACUCCUACUGUGAGACAGACCCCUUCAUCGUCAUCGCUGCCUGCUGCUAUGUCGCAGCCAAGGCAGAAGAGCUCCCUGUCCACAUCAAGAACGUCGUCUCAGAGGCUCGUCAGAUAUUUGGCAGCGAAGAGUACGGCGUCAAGUCGUUUCCCACAGACAACUCCAAGCUCGCGGAGAUGGAGUUCUACCUGGUAGACGAUCUGGAGUGUGACCUGAUUGUGUUCCACCCUUACCGCACGCUGAUGAUGCUGUGCGGGAAGGAGGGCAGCAUCCACGUGAGCGAAGCAGAAGCCGGCGAGGUGGGUGCUGGCAUUGACGAUGGCCGGCGAUUCUGGGGCACAGGCGAGGGCAAGCUGGAGCUGCAAGAUGGCGCGCUCCAGAUGGCCUGGUGGGUGUCUCCUCGCUCGCUCACAGCACACGCAUCUGAACAACAGGCUGCUGCUAGGUUCAUCAUCAACGACACCUAUCGCACCGACCUGUGCCUCAUCCACCCGCCUCAUCUGAUUGCUAUCGCUGCCAUCUACCUUGUGCUCGUACUCCACAACUCGACACGCAGCCUCAUCCAAGCGCAGUCGAGCUCGUCGUCGUCUCAGUCGGUGUCGCGCAGCUCGUCACACUCGCAACUGCAGUCGCAGCCCUCCACAGCCACCACACCACGCCGGUCUUCCCGCUCGAACGCGGCUGCACACAGGAAGCAGCCGCAGGACAUCGUAGGGUUCAUGGCUGGUCUCAAUGUGAGCAUGGCGCACGUCGCGACCAUCGCUCAAGAGAUUAUCGGGCUGUAUGCGCUGUGGGAUCGCUAUCGCGAGGACGGGACGGCGGGAAGCGGCGACUCUGCCCGCGGAGUGUUUGCACAGCACAGGCCUGGAUAUUCCGGGGCGAAGCGAGCGGCUGGCGGGGAAUCGGUCGGGCGUAGCGGAAGUGUGGGGAGCGGAGGGACGAUGAGCAGUGGAGCGACGCCGGUGACGAGCGAGUCGGCGGAACAAGGGCAGCAGGUUGUGGAUGCAGGGUUUCUUAUUCAAGUGUUGUUGAGGAUGCGCGAGGGGCGGUUUGCGGAUAUGGCGCAUCCUCCGAGCGGACGGCCGGUGGCGGUGAAUAAGAGACUUGAGCGUGCACAGGCUGCUGGUUGACGCGGAAGUAUGCAUUGUAGUGCUGGACGUCUCAAGUAGGGCGCUGUAUUGUAAGCUGCCUAGGGGAGA